AAUGUGAUCGUAGCUAUUGCAUGUACCAUCAGACCGCCAUUAUGUCAGAAUGACACACAAUGAUAUACGAUCAAUAAUUUUACGAAUCGUUUCUCUAUAUUUGUAAUUAAGAUACAGGUCACAGAUUUGAAAACAAAUAUGUUUUGUAGUGUAAGAAAUCUAGUGUUGACAAUCUGAUCGUGGUCAUGAUUAAUGAAAUGAACAUAUCGAGCGCCCAGGUAAUGUGAUAAAUUGGUAGAAUGAUGUGAAGUAACCAAUGGUUGAUAUCUCGUUGGAAAAUAAUCAGUUUACUUAAUGGAUGAGAAGGUGUGUGCCGAGUUCAGAGAUGAAAUGGUGAAAUCCCAUAAUACACUGCGAAGUCAUCAUGGAAGUAAACAACUGAGAAUAUCUGAAGACCUGAACAGGGAUACUCAGAUGUGGGCGAAUAUCAUUGCAGACAAAGGAUAUGUUCAGUUCAGUGAAUUUCCUGGUAGAGGUGAAAAUGUAAUAUUUGUGGAAACGAAUGGACAAAGGCCGAGUGGAGAUACCGUCACAGAAUUAUGGUAUAAGGAAAUUGAAAACUAUGACCACCUACACCCACAAUGGAAUAAAGAUUCGAUGAACUUCACACAGAUGAUAUGGAAAUCUUCUAACGAGAUAGGAAUUGGAAUCUCUAAAGUUAAAGGACAGAACAAAUACGUUAUUGUUGCUCAUUACAAACCUUCCGGUAAUAUCAAUACUCCAGGAGAGUUCCGAAAGAAUGUAUUACCGCCAAAUUCUUAAAAUAAUACAAAUGAUAAGUUGAAGAAUGGUUAUCAACAAAGAUACACGUGACAGAAAUUCUUAGAAUGUGAUUUAGAAGUGUAAAUGUACAAUGUAAUAAAGGCAAAGUCGAUUAUUCAAGAUCGUCAUCAUAGGUCUUGUGAAAAUGCUUCCAUGCAUACGAAAUGUAAUUAACGAGUGUAUUUGUUUUUUAAUUGUCGUUCAUUGUAUAUUGAACAAAUAUGUAAUAUAAAUAAAUAUACAAGUCAUU